AUGUCUGAUUGCCAAGGAGAUGGGCACGAACUCAUGAAUAUUGCAAGCGGAGAGCCCCUCAUCACUAAACAUCGAAAUUGUCAAGGCUCUGAAGAUGGAGGAAAUGGCACGGAUCAAGAAGGGAGCGACCCUCCAGAAAGUAAAAAUGGUCAUCACAAUGCUCUACAAUGGAUCAAACAGGUGUUUCGACAGCGUGGCUCCAAUGAAAGCGCCCCCACCAAAUUCACGGCGAUGGAGCACGAUCGACGAAGGGAUUCCGAGCCUUUGAGAAAGAAAUCUGAUCGAAAUACCCUACUGACUGGAAGCACAUCUCAAUCAGCCAAUUCCGGCACAAGCAUUGAUGAGGCUGGAUUUACACAAGCAGUGAGUGAUUUAGAAAGGCUAUUUGGCGAGGCCAUCGCCGUCAUAUCGCAGGCGGUUGAACACUCUGAAAAGUUUUGUAACCAAAGGAUGCAGAUUCCAGAGCAAGAGCGACUCCCCCGCGCCCAAAGCCUCGGUAAUCAUCAGAAAUUCAUAGAAGCGACCUCGAACUCUGGAGGUCGGUGGCUAUCCGAGAUGGAACUUAUCGAGAUAUUUCCUCACAGGGCAGAGACUGCACCAACGAAAGACUCUACAAACAGGCCAAUCCACAAGACAUCUUUAGUUGUUCCAAAUCGAAGAUCAAGUUGGAAAAAAUCCCCGUUAGGCCGUCACCAGCCUGCCAAUUCUCAUCCGGAGAUUCCAUUUCGCGAGCAGGCACCCCCGUGUUCAAUUUCAGGUGCUGUGUGCGACGUAAUGGAAGUAGUCGAAUUUAGUCGAGACGAUAGAAAAACAGCCUCAGACAACAACACUGUCCGCAGAAUCACGCCCCCUGAUCAUCAUUUGUCAGUUCGCAAGGAACUUGCUGGGGAUAACGCCCUGCCAGAAAGGGAUGUUGCUGGACGCCAAAUGAAUCAUGAUCAUGGGAUAAGUCUGCGUCAUAGGUCUCAUGUGAGCCUUCGAGGUCUCCAGCCAUUCAGUCUUGCUCGGUCACACAAAAGGCAAUCGAUUGCUCGAGAUUGGUCGCCAGUACGCAAAAGAUUUGUCGCGACCGUUGCUUGCAUCAGUACCGCACUUGUAGGGCUCAUCGUGGGAAUAUACUCUGGGCUGGUUCCAAAGAUACAGUAUUAUAUCAUCGACGAGUCGCACCUGGCCGUACUUGGAAACGCAGGCUGCUUCCUGGGUCUGGCCAUUCCGACCUUCUUUUGCUGGCCAUUGCCGCUUCUGCAUGGGCGCAAGCCGUAUAUCUUGACGAGCCUGGCGCUGGCGAUGCCGCUCCUGUUUCCCCAAGCUCUGGCUGUUGAUUCACAGCGAAUAACUAACACGGGUUCUUGGAGAGCCUUGCUUCUCGCCUCAAGAGCUCUGAUGGGUGCGUCCCUAGGCUUUGCAAGUAUGAACUUUCAUUCGAUUCUCACGGAUCUGUUUGGGGCAUCUCUGAUGAGUGCGAACCCACAUGAGGAGGUUGUCGAUCGUUACGAUGCCAGAAGGCAUGGAGGAGGAAUGGGAAUCUGGCUAGGAAUUUGGACCUGGUGCUGGAUUGGUUCCUUGGCAGUCGGCUUUCUAAUCGGAGCGGCCAUCAUAAACGAGCAACCUCCAGCCUGGGGCUUCUAUGUCAGCAUUAUACUCAUUGCGAUGGUGCUCAUUCUCAACAUCAUCUGCCCCGAGGUCCGAAGAUCAGCAUACAGACGGUCAAUGACUGAAGUAAGAACUGAAACAGAUAUAUCAAGACGUAUUGCCCGCGGCGAAGUGAUGAUGCAUCGUGUCAGGACAGGACCGAAAUGGUGUGGCCAAGAAGUCUUCCAUGGGGUGCUUCUAUCAUUAGAAAUGCUACACCAGCCUGGAUUCGCAGUGUUAGCUCUCUAUGUUGCGUGGAUUUAUGCGCAAAUUGUUUUGAUCAUCAUCCUACUUGGCUCGCUCACCUCAAAGAUCUAUCGACUCCAAUCACCAUAUGUCGGCUUCCUUGUUGGUUCGGUGGCGCUGGGGGCAUUACUCGCUAUACCUUUCCAAAAGGCUAAUUUUUUCUCUCGAUCGCGAGGAUCAAGAGUCAACAGCAGCCGGGCGACUCUGGAAAGAAAGCUUUCAUGGACAUCCCAUCUUGGUCGACGUGCUGUUUUUACGUCGUUGUUACCGGUAGCUGGGGGCUGCUACGCGGCUGCAUCAACGGGACCCCCUCUUCAUGUCAGUGUUCCAACUCUUCUGGCCUUUGGUGUUGGUUUCCUCUCGUCUCUUGCAAUAUCCGAAUGUAAUGGAAUCAUCAUGGAAGCAUUUGACACCUCUGAUCUGUGCCCUGGGAUGACGGGCCGCCAGAGAGACCCAUCAGGGGACAUUGGGAAACGAAUCAAUUACUCAUCCUUUCCACGAGUUACUUCAGGGUACGCCAUCAUACAUAGUUUUGCUUUCAUUCUAUCUGCGUUCUCGACAGCGUUGGGUGGUCUCAUGACAAGAACACUGGGUCAAAGGGUCAGCUCAGGAAUCGUCGCGGGAAUUCUGUUUCUGCUAACGAUGUCACUUUUACUCGUCCUCAUUCGAUUCAAGAAUGUGCAAAUCAUCCCAGACUCCAAGGCUGAGGAGAUGGAGAAGAUUGUUGACGCACGCCGAAAAUCUAUCGCGAAGAUCGAGACAAUCACAGAGGAAGGACAGGACAUUUUCGAAGCUGAUGAGGCAUGGAAACCAGCCAUGAUGGGGAACCCAGUCAGCGAGCUCCGUCGAAUGAACGUCUUGGAAUUCGGGAGCAUGAGCCGAUGGCAGGAGAUACGCAAAAGAAACAAACUCAUUGAUGAAGAUGCUCACCUGUGUAACCGGACCGCGCUUGGUGAGGGGCUGGAGGCACUGGAUGAUCAUAUGAGCGAGCUUCGGAGGGAUGCUCAUGAAUUAUUGAGAAUGGCGAGCCUCAAGAGCCUCAAGGGCAAGCGCUCCAGACUGUUUCGUCGAAGUGAUCAAGGAAGCGACAACUCCCAUCAGCUAGAAAUGGACAAUCUAAGCAGUGGGGGAGAAAGCAUCGAGCAAACUUCUGGCUCACAAUUCCAUGAGCGGGAUCUUGGUAGCCGUACGGUCCUUGAAGAGGACGAAAUUGAAGGCACAAACUCACACCAAGUGCGGGACAAGUAG